UCUCUCUCUCUUUCUCUCUCAUUCCCUUCUUCCCUCCUCUCACUCUUCUCGGUCAGUCCAUCAGUACUCUCUCAGACUGGACAGAAGAAGAGAGAGAGAGAGAGAGAGAGAGGUGAAGGAGUGACAGACUGAGAGCAUCCCUCUCUUCUCAGGUUCUUCAGUGGAGUUAAGAAAUAAAGCGGAUCUCUUCGGAUCUGACAAGAACCACCGUGCAAAAACUUUUCUAGGAUUUUGAGUGAAAAACAAACAGAAAAGUCUCCUGACUUCGGACAUAAACGUUACCCAAGCACCUCCUGGCAUUUCUGUUUUUAAUCAACGAUGCCCUUCCUCUUGCACCUCAUCCUCUUCCUCAUCCCAAGCCCCGCCCUGCUUUCCCACAGUGCAUCUGUUCCCGCCGAGUCACAGACAGUCAAAAUGGUGAUAUCAGAGCGGUGCGUCUCUAACCCCGACAUGGUCGAAGGUCAAGAGGUUGACCUGACACCCGGUUCUCCUCUAGUUCUGACCCACCGAAUCCGUUUGGUUCCUGGUACUGCGUCCGGUUCAUGCUGCCAGUCUGAAUUUGCGGCUCUUCGAGAGCGACUCGAGGUGCUCGAGAGGGAAGUUUCAGAGCUCAGGGAGAAAUGUGGAGGUCUGGAAGGCGGCUGCUGCACUUCACAGCAAAGUAAAGGAGCGGGCUGCACCACUGUCCGUCCACCAACAGAUGAGUGUUUGAAUGACUGCAAUGACCAGGGCCGCUGCGAGGACGGAAAGUGUGUGUGUUACCCUGGAUUUAGUGGACCUGACUGCAGUGUGCCCGACUGCCCCGGAGACUGCAGCAACAAGGGGAAGUGUGUAAAUGGCAAGUGUGUUUGUGAUCCCGGUUUCACCGGACCAAACUGCUCUGUUAGAACAUGUCCCAAAAAUUGCAGCAGCCAUGGCAGGUGUGUGAACGGAAGAUGUGUGUGCGAUGCAGGAUUCACUGGUCCAGACUGCUCAACUGCACAGUGUCCUGGAAAUUGCAACAACAAAGGAAGAUGUGUGAAUGGGAAGUGUGUGUGCAAUACCGGAUUCACAGGUUCAGACUGUUCUGAAAGGUCCUGCCCCGGAAACUGCAACAAUAAAGGCAGGUGUGUGAACGGGAAGUGUGUAUGCAAUACAGGAUUCACAGGUCCGGAUUGCUCUGAGCAGUCCUGCCCCGGAAAUUGCAAAAACAAAGGCAGGUGUGUGGACGGGAAGUGUGUGUGUGAUGAAGGAUUCACAGGUCUGGACUGUUCUGAAAGGUCCUGCCCUGGAAAUUGCAACAACAAAGGCAGGUGUGUGAACGGGAAGUGUGUGUGCAACACUGGAUUCACAGGUCCAGAUUGUUCUGAGAGGUCCUGCCCCAGAAAUUGCAACAACAAAGGAAGAUGUGUGAACGGGAAGUGUGUGUGUGAUGAAGGAUUCACAGGUCCAGACUGUUCUGAAAGGUCCUGCCCCAGAAAUUGCAACAACAAAGGAAGAUGUGUGAACGGGAAGUGUGUGUGUGAUGAAGGAUUCACAGGUCCAGACUGUUCUGAAAGGUCCUGCCCCAGAAAUUGCAACAACAAAGGAAGAUGUGUGAACGGGAAGUGUGUGUGUGAUGAAGGAUUCACAGGUCCAGACUGUUCUGAAAGGUCCUGCCCCAGAAACUGCAACAACAAAGGCAGAUGUGUGAACGGGAAGUGUGUGUGUGAUACCGGAUUCACAGGUCUGGACUGUUCUGAAAGAUCCUGCCCCGGAAAUUGCAACAACAAAGGAAGAUGUGUGAACGGGAAGUGUGUGUGUGAUACCGGAUUCACAGGUCCAGACUGUUCUGAAAGGUCCUGCCCUGGAAACUGCAACAACAAAGGCAGGUGUGUGGAUGGAAAGUGUGUGUGUGAUACCGGAUUCACAGGUCAGGAUUGUUCUGAGAGAUCCUGCCCUGGAAACUGCAACAACAAAGGCAGGUGUGUGGAUGGAAAGUGUGUUUGCAACACUGGAUUCACAGGUCCAGAUUGUUCUGAGAGAUCCUGCCCUGGAAAUUGCAACAACAAAGGCAGGUGUGUAGAUGGGAAGUGUGUGUGUGAUGAAGGAUUCACAGGUCCGGACUGUUCUGAGCGGUCCUGCCCCGGAAAUUGCAACAACAAAGGCAGGUGUGUGGAUGGAAAUUGUGUGUGCAAUACAGGAUUCACGGGUCCGGAUUGUUCUGAACGUUCCUGCCCUGGAAACUGCAACAACAAAGGCAGAUGUGUAAAUGGACAAUGUGUGUGUGAAGUUGGUUUCACCGGACAAGACUGCUCCACCAAGACCUGCCCAAAUAACUGCAGCAACAGAGGAAGAUGUGUGAAUGGCAAGUGUGUGUGUAAUCCCGGUUUUGCUAUGCCAGACUGCAGUGAGUGUAAGGACGGACUUACAGGACCUGACUGCGCAACAGCCCUCAUUGCUGUGUCUCACCUCAGUACCAGAAACAUCACUGAAUCUUCAGUUACACUCUUCUGGACUCCACCUGUAGUGCAGUACAACACGUACCGUAUCACCUUCAUCAGUGAGAAAGAAAGCGAUCAGAAGAUCACAUCCACGGUGAACGGCGGAUUCAGCACCUACACUCAGGUGGGCCUGGCUCCGGGACAGCGGUACACCGUGACCAUCACUGGGGAGAAAGAUGGCAAGAUGGGCGCCAAAACCACGACGACAUUCCAGACUUUGAUCUCUGGCCCCAAAAAUCUUCAAGUCGUCAAGACAAGCACAACAUCUGUCAUCGUCCAAUGGGAGGAAGCACAGGGAGACAUUGACAGAUACACCCUCUCCAUUUCCCCAAAUCAGACAGAUGGAUCUGGCAAGGGGAGCCAAGAGAUGAGGUUACCACCUGGGAGAGACUCUGCCCAAAUCGAUGGCCUGGAGCCUGGUCGUUUGUAUGACAUUUCUCUAGUUGCAGAAAGAGGUGGCACUCUGAGCCUGCCGGCGACCGUGCAAGCAACCCCUGACAGGCUGGAGGUUUUUCGUGAUGAGGUCAGGCCGAAGUUACAGGAUGGAAGAUUUGAAGAAAACCCAAUUAAGGAGGAUUUAGAAAAGGAGACACAGGAGGAAAAUGAAGUAGUACAUCAGCAGGAGGAGGGCGUUAUUGAAACAGCAACAUUUUUAGACCACCCCAAAAGGAUGAGCAUAGAAGAAGUGGAAGCUGGGACAACCCCAUCACCCUCUCUUCCUUUGGCCAGGACUCGGGUCCAACCUUCUCUGGUGCCAUCUGAAACAAAGGACCAAGCUAAAAACAUGAGACAGACACUGUCACGGGACAGGCACCAUACUAAAACCGCUCUCCAGUUUCCUCCACCAUCCAAACAAAGAUAUUCAGGUAGACCAAAAUUAUCUGGUUCAUCAACAUCCUCAAUAAAUAGGAGACAGCCUACUACAUCCAUUUCCUCUGUGAGCUCUUCUCAAGUGCCAGAAUACAAAAACCCAGUUGGACAUGUAUCCUCUGUUCAAUCCUCUCACCCACUUGCAGUGGAAAAAGAAACUUUAAAGAGGAAGACAAUAGCCUCCCAAGAAUCCCAACCUGAUGAUCAAGGAUUUCUGACUGAAUCUGUCCAUGGACUCAAUAGGGAUUCUUUAGUAACCAACUUACCAGAAAGCACCACAGAGACAGAGAGUACCAAUGGAGACAAGUUUCCAAAACACAAAGAGACAAUAAAUAAGACUGUUCCACUAUACCAUCGCAUGUCACAUAGGGGUACAUUCCCUCGCAGACCUAAUAUUGGUCCAUUCCAAAACCGGACCAGCACCCCUCAGCACCCCUACAGGAGUCCGGUACGGAGACCCAUCCCGUCCAGAGUCAGCAGCACUGCUAGGAACAAAGUGGAACCUGGAAUCAUUAGCAGCAGGCAAAGUGUCCUAAAUCCCAACCAUAAACCAAUAUUUACAUGGCAGGGGAAAAAUGGAACAUUCAGCAGAUUUCCACCAAAGCAUCUUAGUCAAAUAAAACCAAGCAUUAAAAAUGACAACAGUUCCAAAGCUGGUGUCGCUGUAGACAAAAACGCAAGCAAAGAAUCAAAUAUUAUAUUCCCAGCAGAUAUCGAUGCAGAUGCUAAAUUUAAUCUGUCCUUGUCAACAGUUAAGGCUCCAUCCAAAAGCAUUGAUAGAAUACAACCUGUUAGUGGGGGUUCAGGAAACCCCACUGAUCACAUCUUGCCCAGAGUCACAAAAAGAGACAACAGCACUACUAGACAAACCAUUCCCCAUCACCAAAGGGUAUCUGGAGUCAUCAGUGGCAGGCAAAAUGCUUCAAAUCUGAACAUUAGGCCACUAUUAAUACUGAAAAGAAAAAAUAACACAGUCAUCAGACUUCCAUCAGAACUUCAUACUCAAGUAAACGUAAACUCAACCACCAUUCAUAGUCCACGGAAAGAGAGUAAGUAUGAAACAAGGCACAAAGACUCCAAAGAUGCAAGCAAAGAAUCUCAAAUUGGCUUGCCAACAGACACUGACACAAACCUAUUUUCUAACAGCACUAUGUCAACAGAGGAAGCUCCAGUGGGAACUAAUGAGACAUUACAAGCCAUUAGUGGAGGUUCAGAAAAUGCUAUUGAUCAUACAAACAAAGAACACAACCUGCAGAGAGUCACAACCAGAAAACACAAUUUGUCCAGAGAUCAUGAAAUACCACAGAUUGCAACCAGAGACCAUGACCUGCGCAGGGUCACAAACAGAGACAGCAACGCUACUAUACAAAUGCUUAUCAAUCAAAAAGUUGAAGAAAAAUCUGAAAUCACAGGCCACAGGGGAAAUGUCCCAAAUCAGAACGUUAGAUCAAAAUUUAUAGUAAGAAGAAAAGAUGGCACAUAUGUCAGACUUCACCCAAAACUUCAGACCCAAAUAAAACCAAACUCUACAAGUAUUCACAGUGGGUUAAAAGAUACAGACACCAAAGUUGUUAAAGGCACCAAAGAAUCAGUUACUCUCUCAACAGAUAAACAUACAGCUGAAAGUAAUAAACUUCAAAAUGUCGCUGGAGGUUCAGAAGUUGGCAAUGAUAACACUCUGCCCAAAGUCACAAACAGACACCAGGACUUGUCCAGAAUCACAAACAGAGACCACCACCAGCCCAGGGUCACAAACAGAGACCAGGACCUGCCCAGGGUCACAAACGGAGACCACCACCAGCCCAGGGUCACAAACAGAGACCAGGACCUGCCCAGGGUCACAAACAGAGACCACCACCAGCCCAGGGUCACAAACAGAGACCAGCACCUGCCCAGGGUCACAAACAGAGAUAACAGCACUACUAUGAAACAAGAUAUCAAGGAAUCCAAAGAAUCUACAGAAUUUACUGUUCCAGCUGUUGGUGUAGGUUCAGAAGAUGGAACAGAUAACAUCUCACUCAGAAUCACAAACAGGAACAAAAGCACUACUUUGCAAAUGGAACCUGAAUUCAACAAUCACAGUCAAAAUGGUCAAACUCCCAAUUUUACAAUGAGAAGGAAAAAUGGAACAGUCUUCAGACACACACUAAAAUCUGAAACAAAACCAAACCUUCAUGUUUACCCAAAACAGAGUAAAGAAAGCAGCACUACUAGACAUACCAUUCCUCAUAACACCUUAAAUCGCAACCCUAGACCAAACUUUACACAACAAAGGAAAAACGGAACAAUCAUCCGACUUCCACCAAAAGUUUUCCCUCAUCUGAGCCCAAACUCUCCCACAGUUCGUGAUGGCACAACAGGAAGUAAAAAAUCCACAGACGAUCGUAAACCUGGUUGGUCUACAGAAGUUCCUCUUUCAACAGAUAAGGCCACAAGACAAACAAAUACCACAUUUACAACUUCUGAGGUUUCAGAAGACAGCAUCAAUCACGUUGGAGUCCAGAAUGUCACAUCAAAGGGAUUCAUCAUAAUUUGGGUGGCACCAGAAGGAAGGUUCAAAAGCUUUGUGAUCAGGAUAAUAGAGGACAAUGAUGAAGAGGUAAAUGAGGGUGAUGGCAGCAACCAUAAAGAAGGGAAAGAGAGAAAAGAAGAAAGUGAAAUAACCGCUAAUGUUAUUGAGGUUGUGGGGAGGAACAGCAGCAUCGAUGGGGAUAGAAAGAUAUUCACCAAGUUGCUUCCAGGUUCUGCUCGCUCGUACCCUGUCACAGAUCUCACGGCUCAAACUGGCUACUCUGUGACCCUUUAUGGAACAGGCCCUGGAUUACGUUCCAAUGUUCACACCUUCAUCAUCACAACAGGUCCUGAGCCUCCCUCACACCUCUCCUUUAGUGACAUAACUGACACGUCACUCACUGUGUCAUGGAGACGACCAAAAAGCUCUGUGUCUAGGUUUAAGGUCACGUACAUACACACUAAAGAAGGAGAGCCAAUCUCAGUGACGGUGGACUCAUCAACCACCACUCUGUCUCUGACCAAGCUCUCCCCGGGAUCUACUUAUGAGGUCAGCGUCAUCUCUGUGCUCGGAUUGGACGAGAGCGACCCAGUCAAGGACUUCGUGAUUACACUGCCCGACCCACCAACCGACCUCAGGGCCAUAAACAUCACAGAUACCAAGGCACUGUUGCUAUGGAGACCUGCCCUGGCAACCGUCGACCAGUACAUCAUCACUUACCACUCUGAGGAAGCUCCUGGCUCAGAGUUAAGCGUCAGAGUGUCAGGUAACGCAGUGGAAGAGCAGCUUCAGGCUCUAAAGCCUUCCACUAAGUACAACGUCACCAUCAUCAGCCGGCUGGGAGAACAGAAAAGUUCCAGCACACACAGCACCUUCACUACGGCCAGCGGCUCUCCUGGAAAGGGGGAGGCACCUCGGGACCUGACAGCCAAACACGUAACUGCACGUACUGCUGUGUUGUCAUGGAAACCACCAGCUUCAGCUGUGACAAGCUACAAACUGACGUACUUCACCAAGGGUGGAGAGCGCAAGGAAGUGACCCUUAACCCUGGAGUUACUGAACAUAAGCUGAGUGGGUUGCGUCCCUCGUCUAUGUAUACAGCACUACUGCAGGGUGAGAGAGGCGGCGUCUACACCGCGGCCAUCUCCACCGAGUUCACUACAGGAACUCUGCGCUUCCCGUACCCCUCUGACUGCUCUCAGCAGCUGAUGAAUGGACAGACGGAGUCGGGUUUGGUGGAGAUUUUCCCCGGAGGGAAUCAGGGACAACCUGUCAUGGUUUACUGCGAUAUGGAGACGGACGGCGGAGGCUGGACGGUCUUCCAGAGACGAACUGAUGGGAAAACCAACUUCUUCAGAAACUGGCAGGCGUACAGGAAGGGCUUCGGAGAUCUGGAGGGAGAGUUCUGGCUUGGAAACGACUUCCUCCACAACCUCACUACAAUGACUCCCAUGAAUAUGAGGGUGGACUUGAGAUCAGGAGACGAGUCCGUCUAUGCACACUACUCCACGUUCUCCGUGGACACUAUGAAGAAGCACUACAUGAUGCGAGUGUCUGGAUAUUCGGGCACAGCCGGCGACUCUCUGAGGUACCACGAUAAACGGCCAUUCUCCACGUUCGACCGCGACCCUCAGCCCUUCAUCACACGCUGUGCCAUGUCAUACAGAGGGGGCUGGUGGUACAAAAACUGCCACGAGGCUAAUCUCAACGGCCUGUACAACACACACACCAACCAUCAGGGUGUGAUCUGGACCGCAUGGAAAGGGAAGAAAUUCUCCAUCCCGUUCACAGAGAUGAAACUCCGCCCAGCCUCCUUCAAAGCACACGGUCAGGGAUGAACAGAGUGAAAGAAAAAGAGGACGUCGGAGAAGAACAGCAGACACUCACACAUGUACAGACACACCUCACUUACUGAAAAUUGUGUAACCACAGUUUGAAAAUGUUCUAUGUGUAGUAAAUGUUCUACUACACACACACACACACACACACACACACACAUAGGGGAUGUUUAUUCAAUAUAUGAUAUUGUACAGUUUGUGGAUUGUCUGUUUAUCAUUUCCUGCCUGUAUCCUGUGUAUUUGUGGUAUGUAUGAAUAUUACGUGCUGUAGCUCUCACCUUGACUGUGUGUGUGUGUGUGUGUGUGUGUGUGUGUGUGUGUGUGUGUGUGUGUCAGAGAUAUACAGUGGAUCUAAAAAUAAAGUCUACACACUCCUGUUAAAAUGGCAAGAUUUUGUGAUGUAGAAAAAAUUAAACCAAGAUAAAUCACGUCAGAACCUUUCCUACCUUUAUUGUCUAAUUUUAUCCUAUUAAUUCAAAUGAAAAACAAUAAGAAUCAUUUUAGGGGGAAAAAAACAGAUUGCAUAAGUUUGCACACCCCGCACAUCCAGGUGAAGCCGUUCCUUUGUUGAUCUGGAGGUCUGCUUUGGGUCGUUGUCAUGCUGAAGGGUGAAACUCUUCAUCUGAAGUUUUUCAGCAGAAGACUUAAGGUCUUGCACCUGAACUGACUGGUAUUUGGAGCUGUUCAUUUUUCCCUCCACCCUGAUUAAAGCCCGACUUCCAGCUGAAGAAAAACAGCCCCAAAGUAUGAUGCUGCCACCACCGUGCUUCACCGUGGGGAUGGGGUUCUUUUAGUGAUGUGCUGUGGGUUUUUUGUGCCAAACAUAUCUUUUGGCAAAAAAGUUCAACUUUGAUCUCAUCAGACCAGAACACAUUAUUCCACAUGGUUUUUUUAGAUUGGAUGAUUUAUAUUAUUAAUUUAUUUAUGUUAAAGAAGGCUUCCAUCUUGCCCCCACCUACCCCAUCGCCCAGAGAUAUGAAGAAUUCAGGAGAUUGUUGUCACAUGUAUGGAUCAACCAGUACUUCACAGAAAUUGCUGCAGUUCUUUUAAUGUAGCUGUAGGCCUCUCUGUAGACUCCCUGACCAGUUUCUCCUGAUCUUCUCAUCAAGUUUAGAGGGACGUCCUACUCUUUGUAGUGUCACUGUCAUGCCAUAUUUUCUCCACUUGUUGAUUAUUAUCUUUACAGUGUUCCAUGGUAUAUCCAAUGCCUUUGAUUUUGGAACCCUCUCCUGAUUAAUAUUUUUCAACAGUGAGAUCCCAUACCUGCUUUGUAAGCUAUUUGUGGCCCAUGGCUUUUCCACUUGGAUGUUACCGAGAAGAUCCUACAGAAUAGAAUCCUGUAGGAACAGCUGGAUUUUAUUUAUGGAUAAUCAGUCACUUUAAUUGAUGGCAGGUGUACACUAAUUAGUAUUCAACAUGAGUUUGAAUGUGAUUGGUUGAUACUGAACACUGCCACCAAAAGGGCGUGUAGACUUAAGCAAGCUUUUCCCCCUAAAAUGAUUCUUAUUGUUUUUCAUUUUAAUUAACAGGUUAAAAUUUUACAGUAAAGCUAGAAAAGCUUCUGACAUGAUUUAUCUUGGUUUCAUUUUUAUUACAUCACAAAAACUUGCCAUUUUAACAGGAGUGUGUAGACUUUUUUUCUUUCUUUUUUUUUUUUUAGACCCACCGAACAUCUGUCUGUACUCUGCUUAUAUUUAUCUAUUCAGAAGUGUCUCUCAUGUUUGUGAGUCAAGUGUUCAGAUAAUCAGAUGCUGAACAGACUUAAAAUAAACAAAUUGGUGAAAGUAAA